GCCUUUCAGCAGUUAGAUCAUUGCCGUGAAGUGCUUGAUUGCCAUAUCAUCAGUUGUCCGUCGCCACUGCGUUUCUUGGUGAUCGGCCCCUGCUCUUUGGUCACUAUGACGUCACUGCGGCACAUCCUACCGGUUGCCCUGAUCGUGGCGGUGGUAGCUGGUCGUCCGGACAUAUCCCGAGCGGACAUAGAGGAAGAAUAUUGGCACCAGACUGGCAGGUACACUGCUGGGCGAUCACUGGAUAGAUCUGGAUCACAGACUAGUCGAAGUUCAGCUGAUCUUGAGGAUGAAACGACUUCAGCUUACUGGAAUAACCUGGCGCAGUCUAUGCUAAAGACGAAAACAAAAGUACGUCAGAAUACAAAUCAAGCUAAAAAUAUCAUCAUCUUCCUUGGAGACGGCAUGUCCAUUCCCACUUUGGCGGCUGCGCGAAUGUACCUGGGACAGCUGAAGGGUGAAACUGGAGAAGAGGAUGAAUUGCACUGGGAAUCAUUUCCCUACAGCGGUCUUUCCAAGACCUAUUGCGUGGAUUCACAAGUUGCUGAUUCCGCCUGUUCAGCAACGGCGUAUCUCACCGGAGUUAAGACGAACGAUGGAGUAAUCGGCUUGAACGCUGGAGUGUCCUACGGAGAUUGCGAGGCCAUGACCAAUACCAGCAACCACUUAUCGUCCAUUGCCCAGUGGGCUUUGGAAGGAGGAAAAUCAGCCGGUAUUGUGACCACGACCAGAGUAACGCACGCUUCGCCGUCAGGCACGUAUGCAAGAACCGCUGACAGAAAUUGGGAGUCCGACGCUGACGUAAAUGACGACGGUUUCAAUGCCUCGGUCUGUCUGGACAUCGCGACUCAGCUCAUCACGACGUAUCCUGGUCAAGAUUUCCAGGUAAUCCUCGGUGGUGGACGUCGUGAAUUUCUCCCGACCACAACCGUCGACGACGAGGGUGAUUACGGGUACAGAGAAGACGGCGUCGACCUUAUCGAGACCUGGAAGCAGGACAAAACUGAUCGCGACAGCUCGUACAGUUACGUUUGGAACAGAAGCGGACUCCGACAGAUCAUCGACAACCCCGACGAUGUUGACUACCUUCUAGGUCUGUUUGAGAGCAGUCACUGCCAGUACCAAUUGGAGGCGGAUCCAGUGACGGAACCGACUCUCACCGAGAUGACUGAAGCGGCGAUAAAGAUUCUGCAGAAAAACAGCAACGGGUAUUUCCUCUUCGUCGAAGGGGGUCGCAUAGAUCACGCUCAUCACAGCACCUACACUCGCUUGGCUUUGGCUGAGACGGUGGAACUCGCAUCGGCCGUUCGUAUUGCCGAUGAAAUGACGGACGAAAGCGACACCUUGAUUCUCGUGACAGCGGAUCACGCUCACGUCAUGAGUUUAUCCGGAUAUCCAGUGCGCGGUAACGACAUCUUGGGACUGUCUGGCAUCAAUGGCGCGGAUGGUCUGCCAUACACGACCCUCAGCUACGCAAACGGGCCUGGAUACAAAACUCCUUCGAACAGCACUCGCUAUGACCUUUCGGAAGACGACUUUACCUACGUAAGAUACGAAUAUCCCGCAAUGGUCCCCCUCAAUUCGGAAACCCAUGGCGGAGACGACGUCGCUAUCUUCACUCGUGGUCCAUGGUCGCAUCUGUUUACCGGAACUCUGGAACAGAACACCAUUCCUCACUUCAUGGCGUACGCCGCUUGUAUUGGCAGCGGCCUCACGGCUUGCACGUGAAACUUUCAGGCAGUUCGGCGUGAUCCAUAAUUACCUCAGAAUAUUAAUAAACAUUAAUUUUUUCCAAGC